AUGCCUGAAGAUGAUUUUGAUAAAUCGUUUUCUACUCUGAUAUCAAAAUUAGGUCAUCCUGUAGAAGAAAUUCGUCUUCGUGCAUUGGAAAGUCUUCAAGCGAAACUUGAUUUAAAACUAGUUUCUGAUAUAGAUAUUCUGCAAUAUAAGUAUCUUUAUAUAAAAUUACUCGAAUGGUUUAAUUUCCCAUCACCACCUAAACGCGAUGUAGUUCUUGAUAUUAUUUUGAAACUUUCAAAAAAUGAAUCAGCGGCGUAUAAUCUUCAUUCGAUCGGUGCUGUGGAGUUCUUUAAUGCACUACGAAUUGAUUUAACACCUGAACUUGAACGUCGUGUCGAUGAAAUUCUCGAAAAUAUUCUUUCAAAGCAUUUUGUUACGCAAUCAGUAUCGAAUAUAAGUCGAGCAAGUUCCACAUCAUGUCAACUCUUGAAAUCAAACAUGGAAACGCAAUCAGAAACAUCGACAAUGUUUCAAUUACCUUUGUUGAACUUGAGUCAACAACAAUCAGAGUUAUCUUCGCGUCGAUAUGAUUCAAUGAGUGUCCGAUCACAGUCGAUAUCGAAUCAAUCGGGAACACGAGGAAUAUUAAAAAUGAUCGCACCAUCGGUUUCGGACCUGUUAUCGACAUUUGGAGACAAUGACAAUCAAACAACAUGCCAGUUUAUAACGUUAUUUCCGAUGAUUAACUUAACACAGUCCGAUCGAACUGUUCUUACAAAUUUAGAAAAUGCAUUGUUAGCGCGUGAUGAUCCGUCGACUGUUGUUAGUCAUUGCCAUUUUCUCUCCAACGUCGUACUCAAUGAUUUUCCUGCCGAACUCUUCUUACAACGAUCGUUCAUUCUCAAACGUUUACUUGGCUUAAUCAACGAAAAUGAUGAAGAUCUAAUCAAAGCAUCACUUUCAUGCUUAAAAGAUUAUGCCAAUCAUUUACAAAGACGAAUUAAAAUCUUGCGCGAUCCCGCUUGUUUCUGUCCGAAUCUUGAUCUAAAUUCCGACACUCCCAGAGAACAAAUUCAUGAUGAUUUCAACAAUACUAUGAAUAGUGCUCGAUCUGUUUCUACAAUUAAUUCAGCUACAUCAAAUGGUUAUCGUCAUCCAUCUCAAUGGUCGCUGAAAUACGAUGAAUCACCUCAAUUAGAUCCACCAUCCUCAUUCGAUAUCCUCGAUUUUUGUUACACAAUUCUUACAGGAACAUUUGAUUUGUUACGUCGAUUAACUUUGAAAGAUUGUCUUCAUACGUGUUUACAAUUAAACAAUUCUAUCUGUCAAAUCAUCGAUCUAUUUGUGAAACAUAACUAUGGAUUGAUGAAUUUUGAAUAUUAUUCAGUGUUGUUUUAUCGUUUACAUUCCUUAGUCAAACAGCAGAUCACAAAUGGUUAUACUUUUCAAAGUCGAACAAUCUAUACGCAUAGUCUACAUGUUUUCUCAACACUUCUACAUACGAUUGAGUGGACUGAUGAGAUUGUCGGACAAUUAUCACCGGAAUUCAAUGAAUUAGUUUAUUAUAUUCUGAUGGACGAAUGUUUUCAUUUGUCUUACCCACAUAUUCGCGAACGACUAUUAACAAUAGCAGAAAAAAUUGAUACAGAUAAUUAUCAAGUCUAUCUCAAAUCUAAUGAUGUUUGCGGCUCAUUUGCUGCAGCAUGCCAAGUAUUAACUCUGGAUGGUGACAAACCUCAAAAUUUUGUACCUAUUAUCAAAAAUGCCGAUGAAGCAUUGUUAGGUUUGCCAUAUCAUUUGAAUUUCAAUGUAAUCAAACGAUUUGUCAAUAUUUGUUCAAAAAUUUCGACCAAUAAUUCACAUUGUGAUACAGCAGAGAAAACAUUUGCAGUUGAUAUAUUGAUCAAAUACAUGACACAUGAAUUGGCAGAGAUACGUUCGGCGGUUUAUUCUUCUAUUGCCAUGCUAGUUGCAAGUCGUUUGUCGGUUGAAGAAACAGUUAAAACGAACAAAUUAAAGAAAAAUUCAACGAUGGCUGUGAAUUAUGACGAUACGCAAUUUGUGUUGAAUAUUCGAAUCCUGACUGAAUUAUGCGUCAAUGGAAUGAAUGAUUUAGCAACAAAAGUUUCGGAUUAUUGUCGAUUGAUUCUUCUUCAUCUUCUUCAAUCAAAAUUAAUCGUCUCAACCGAAUUUUGGAGUAAUCUCAUGAGUAUUAUCUCUGUCAUUUUACCACAAUUACAAUGUUACGGAAAUAAAAUUGAUCCAUUGGGUCAAUGUAUCUUAAGUUUAUCAUCUGAUACCGAGCGAGAAAAAGAAUGUUUAUUAACUUUGAAUCAACGUUUCCAAGCAUCACUUCGAUAUUUAUUCUCCAAAGAUAAAGAUAUUCGAAAAACAGGUUAUCGUCAAUGUGUUGGUUACUUAUUAACUAACACACGCAUUCGUCUGGAUGAUUUCUAUCAAUUCUAUCCAGCUGAGAAACUCUUUGAUUUGUUCAUCACUGCUCAUCCAACUAAUAACGCCGAAAUUCUCACCAAAGAAUAUAUUAACGUUGAAAGUUUCCUUCGUGUUUAUACAAUUUUCACCGAUCGUAAUAAAAUCGAUGCGAACGUUCGUAAAUCAGCAUUAGAGCAAAUGGCAUCAAUGUUAAGCGACCCAUCAUUGCAUUCUUCAUUUCUCAAUCAUGGUGGUUUGGAGAGAAUUUUCGAAGAACUACGAUUAAAUGUUAAACGUGAUGAUCUUGUCUGCUCGACUGAUUAUACAUCGACGAUUCCAUCUUGUGCAAAAAUUAUUCGCUUGUUAAUUCAAUACAAUCGAAAUUUACAAAAGAAAUUCUCUCUUGAUAACGAUGUACUCAAACUUCUAUUCAAAACAACUGUCUGUUGUCAUAGUGAUCUUGAAACGGUUUCAAACUUGACUCAUGCAUUUAUCUUACUUCUUUUUGAUCGCACCUUACUCAAUAAAUCAUUAUCCGAUCAAGAAUUUCAACAGCAAACAUUUUCCAUUGAUUAUCUUCUUGCAAAAAAUUUUCAAUUUCCUAUUCGUGUUCCAAUUCAAACUUCUACUUCAUCCAUCAUAACAACUUCACACAACCGUCCGGAUCCUUUACGAGAACCGAUUGUUCAACAAAAGUUUCGUUUUGUUUGGAAUACACUAUGGCAUACCAAUGCUCAACAAUUAGACCAAGACAUGGACACAACAUCUUUCAAUAAUGACGAUCAAGUCGAAUUUGAAAACAAUAUGAUUCUCAAUGAAAACGAUCGAAAAUGUUUCUCAUUAACUUAUACACGGCGAACAAUUCGUUUGCAAUUGAAUUUAUUGAAUGAAUCACUGAAUCACGAGUCAGUUAUCGAGACUUUAAAUGCGAUUCGAUGUCUUCUCUUACUUGUCACACAUGAUAAUGUUCAUUUAAUCGAUUUUAAUCAACUAGGAGCGAUACUUGACAAAUAUUUCCAAAUUAUUCCAUCAUCUUCUCAAGAUGAAAAACUUCUUCAAGCAGUUUUUGAACUUCUCGAGCAAAUCUCCUAUGGUUUGCAUUUAUCGAGCAAAACUGAUGAUCGUCUAUUCUUCGAUUGGUUUAAACACAUUCUCUUAAAUCCAUUUUUAUCAUUGGUUUCAUCGAACAAAGAUUUCGGUGAAAUGCGGCAAACGAAACGAGAUCUAUUGAAGAAACUAUUCCGCUUUCUCACAUCGUUUUAUUCGCAUUCGAGUGUGACAUCAGAAUUUUUCACGGAAAAACUCUUCACAAACGUUCUCAACUACAUUAAACAAAGCAGUAGUCAUACAUUUUCCAAAUUAACGUUAAUCACUGGCGCGAUCGAUGUUUUACAUCAAAUUACAACAAAAUCGAGAUGGUUUGUUAUUUUCGACAAUGAAUAUCUUCUACAGAUGACUGAUCUAUUAAUUGCUGUGAUUGAGAUAUUUCAAGAAGGACGGAAAGAAGCUACGUCAGGUUUUAUGGCUCAUGCAUUGAUACGAUCCUCAUCUCAAAUGCUAUUAAAUGUCAUAUUAGCAUUGAAGAGUACAUUGUCGACGUCCAAUCGUCGAAAAGAAAUAACACUUUUUCAAGAAUGGUUAGAACUAUCGAGAACAACAUUUGACUGGUUAAGAAGUCUUUGGCAUUCAACAGACACAGAAAUUCGAGCGACAUCAUAUGCAUUAACUGCAGUUUUGGUUAGCGAUGAAUACGGGCGAGAUAUAUUCUUCUCUCUUCAAAAUCGACUUGAAGAAGCACAUUUACUUGGAAUUAUCCUUGAUGAAGAUGAAUGUAGUUUAGUGAAAGAACAAGUAUGCAAUGUAUUGAUUAAUUUCACUUUCACAUUGAUCAAUGAUGAAGCAAGACUGGCAAGUGAAAAUUCGGCGAUUACUCUUCCGGAAUUGAUUUCUACAUUGAAUGAUUGUGAUUUCAUGCAACGACUUGGCCCGAAUGUUCUAUCCAAUCUAUAUCCGUUCGUUGCUUUGGAUUUAGAUGCACUACGAGUCAAUCACACAACUACAUCGCCUGUUUCGCCAUUAUUCGUCGGAAAUCUAUGUUCAUUUCUAUUCAAUUUACAUCUCUUAGGCAUUCCCACCGAUACAAACGAUUUAAUCAAACUUUUCCUCUCUUUUCUUGAUGUCCGCCCAUUAGAAUCCAAGAUGAAUACGAAUGUUACACAUAGUGAAUAUCAUUUAUUUCUCGAUAAUAUGUUUUACAUGUAUACGAAGAUUGCUCAGUACCUGCGACUAAUAUUCGAAUCGAAAGUUGAGAGUCUCAAUGAAAUGUUCAAUCCUGAGAAUUUAAUUCAGUUAAUAACACUUCUCGCUUAUUUUCCCGAACUUGAUCGUGACCGAUCGGAGAAUUUCUGGCAAACGAAAAUCAAUCUUGCUCAUAUGAUCAAUCAUAUUUUAUUGCAACAAACAUCAUCGUUACAUCAUUUGAUCAAUCAGACCAUCGUUCGGCACGCAUCCACACUUUUCAGUAUUCUCACACUUCCUCUGCAAACUAUGAUCAAUGGUUCGAUUGGUAUCGCGAUAUCUAUCCUUCUUCAAUUAUUAUCACUUUCCAUUGCGCAAUGUACAUUGGAUCAAGACAAGACGCUCUGGAAGGACUUCUUCGAUCAAUCCGCAGAAAAGAAUGGAAUGAAAAUAUUCAGUCAGUUGUUAAUACUCUAUGAAAAUCGAUUGAACACGGAAUCAAACGAUGCAUUAAAACUUACAGUAUCCAAUAUGAUCAAAUCUUUGUUAAAUAUCAGUGCCACUGCGAAACAAGAAGCAAUUCAGAAGGGUUUUAUUGAAUCUCAAAUUGAUCACUUGAAACGUAUUCAAACAAAAUUAACUCUUUUCUCGUUACAAUCAGAUAAAUGUGUUAGCAAAGAUGAAGUUUUGCUCGAUGAAUGCGUUCAAGUCUUAUCAAUUCUCAACAAUCUCGCUUUCGAAUGUUCCAUUGCUAAAGAUAUUCUUGCAUCGAGCGGUCUGAUCCCCUUUCUUCAUCAAUUGUGGUGUUGGGCAGUUGUCGAUAUCCAGCUAUUAAGCGUUAUUCUUCUCCUUUUAACCACUCUCACUGCUAAACAUCGAAAAGGUGUUGUUAGUAUAUGCAGUACGGUUUUACCAUCAGCGAAUUCAUUUGUUGUGCAAACACCGGAUCAACAACGUCCAUUAUCGAAUCUGCUUUCUUAUGUUCAUCGCCUACUGACGAAAUCAACGUUGUUAUCAGUGACCAAUAACAACAAUAAUACGAAUUCGUAUAAUAAAAAUCAAACAAAUGAAAUGGCUUUUGAUAUUAUACAAAAUUGUUCGAUGGAGAUCGAAGGACGAAGUAUUGUGUAUAAAUCGAACUUUUUUCAGUUAUGUAUUGAUCAUUUCGAACGUGUUUCACGUGAUAUUAAUCGUUAUGAUCGUCGUUUUCUGGAUGUUAUCAUUAAUGUCACGUUUUUCAACGAUGGCCAAGCAAGUGUGUUGAAAAAUGCUGAAUUAUUUGCAAUUAUCAUUCGUGUUGCUCAUUCAUCACCAUCUCCUGUCUUGCAACGACAAGCCCUACUCAUCCUGAGAAAUUUAGCAUUUUCAACAACGCACAAAGCAAGAAUUGUAUCAGAACCGAAAUACAUUCCAACAGUGAUGUCACAUGUUGUCUCAAAGACAUCGGAUACAGCUUACAUUGGUUUAACUGCCCUAUGGGCAUUGAUUGUUGAUGCUCAAAAGAGCAAAGUGAUUGUGCGAAGUAGCAAUGUCUUACCGGCUCUCUACGACAUUAAAACUCAACAGCGGAAUAAAGAAAAUCUCAUUUAUUAUCACGCUGUCUCGAAUGUUAUUCAACUAUUGACAGAAGAUUAG